UGGAAAAGAUGGCGGAAGUGGAGAAGGAUGGUGAUCCUGCGACUGACAAAGAUGAUUUACAGAUUUUAAAAGAACGAGUGGAUGAGUUGUAUCAUUUUCGGGAUCAUUACUUUGAGACUCACUGUGUGGAGGAUGCAAAGAGGAAACCGAGUGAUGUGGCACAGGAGAUGGAGAAGACACUAAAGAAGCUGGAGGAGAAAGAAGAGUCGUAUAAGCACAGUGCUGAGUUCCUGCUGCUGCGGGGCCGCUCCCUGGGGGUGGCUCCGGAGUUUAGCACCACCGCUGGGGAGUGCCUGUCCCGGGCCGUGAAGCUGGAGCCUGGACUAGUGGAGGGCUGGAACACACUGGGGGAGCAGUACUGGAAGAAAGGAGACCUGACCACCGCUAAGACCUGCUUCACUGGAGCCCUGCAGCAGAGUAAGAACAAAGUAUCUCUGCGUAGUCUGUCCAUGGUGCUGAGGCAGCUGCCAGGAGGGGGCGGUGAUGAGCAGGGGAAGAGGGUGCUGGAGAGCGUGGCCAUGGCCAGGCAGGCUGUACAGCUAGACGUCACCGACGGCACCUCCUGGUACAUCCUGGGGAAUGCCUACAUCUCCCUGUUCUUCACCUGCAGACAGAAUCCACAGAUGUCUCAGCAGGCUCUGAGUGCCUAUGCACAGGCUGAGAAAGUGGACCGAACAGCAACCUCCAACCCCGAUCUGCACUUCAAUAGAGCCACGCUGUUUCAGUAUGAGGAGAUGUUUGGGUCUGCCCUGGGCGGGUACAGUCGCGCUGCGGCCCUGGACCCUGCGUGGGAGGAGCCUCCAGAGAGGGAGAGGCAGCUACUGGAAUACUUGGAGAAACUCACAGCACUCACAGAGAACAAGGGGAAGGUGAAGGCCCGGCGCCUGCGAACGAUGCUCUCCAACCUCAGCCCGUUGGCCCUGGGGCCGUGCUCCUCCCCUCAGUUCCGCUCCCCCGCAGGCCGCGUUGGGAGCCUGGAGCCCCGGACCCUGUCUGCCCUGACACACGGCCACAACGCUGGGGUGGCUGCCCUGGGAAAGGUGGUGUUCAGCCUGGCCUCAGAGGGACGCAUGGCCUUUACGUUCGGCAUGGUGGACAGUGAGGAAACAUGCUGCGUGGUCAUGGUCUAUAACACAGCAGACAACUGGGGAGUUCUGAUUGGAGACUCUGUGGUCAUCCCGGAGCCACAGGUCAAACGCCACAGUGUAGCACACAACGACCAGACGUUUGACUUCCGCAGUAUACGAGUGGACUCCCCUCUGCUCCUCAUCGUCAACGGCAAGAGACAGAACGUCCAGGCUCAGACUGCAGCCUCAGUCAGCUACAAGCCCCAGAGUGAAUGAGAGAAGGGGGGAUGAU